GCAAACCAUUCCAUCUCCAGUCCAACAGCUAUGCUCAAACUAUUCGUGUUGAAUCUGCUCCUGCUUGGCAGCAUCGCUGCUCUUCCCCUCAAGGAGUCCAACAGCUGCCAGCUUUCCGAGGACCUACUAUACGAAAUUCGCAGCUAUGGCCCUAUAGUGCACAAGAUCAUCAACGAAAUCGUCCACGGUAGCUUCGCUGGACAAACAUGGCAAAGCUUGGCGGAUCUUACGGACACCUUUGGCCAUCGCAUGAGUGGGUCGCAACAGCUGGAAGACGCCAUCGAUUACGUAGUUAGAGAGAUGACGCAGGAAGGCCUCGACAAUGUCCACACCGAGGAUGCAGGCGUGCCUCACUGGGUUAGAGGGUACGAAAAAGCUCAGUUAGUAGAGCCGAAUCGAUUGGACCUGCCUAUUCUCGGUUUGGGGUCUUCAGUUGGAACUCCGCCAGGUGGAAUCACCGCAGACGUAGUUGUAGUGGAGUCAUUUGAUGAGCUGAAUGGCCUGUCCAACGAAACCGUUGAGGGCAAAAUUGUGGUAUUCGUUCCGCAGUGGGUAAACUACGGUGUAACCGGAGAAUAUCGACGCCUUGGAGCAUCUGCUGCAGCCAGGAAAGGAGCCGUGGCCAGUUUGAUCAGAUCCGUAACACAGUUUUCGAUUGGAUCCCCUCAUACGGGAGUUCAGCAGUACGAGGAAGAUGUUCAAAAAAUUCCAACGGCCAGUCUCACGGUUGAGCAUGCAGAAAUGUUGUUACGUAAAUACCGUCGAGGGGAGAAGCUGCGUAUUCAUUUGGAGAUGCAAGACGAAAACCUGGGAAUGUUCACAUCUCGGAAUACGAUCGGAGAGCUGGAAGGGCUGGUGUAUAAAAAUAAUUCGGUUGUGGUCGUGUCGGGUCAUUUGGAUAGCUGGGAUGUUGGAUUGGGUGCAAUGGACGAUGCCGGUGGUGUGAUGAUCUCCUGGAAAGCUUUGACCUAUUUGAAAGCAAUGGGUUUGAGGCCACGACGCACGCUCAGAGCAGUUCUCUUUACUGGUGAAGAGCAAGGCGUGUGGGGGGGUAGCCAAUAUUAUGAAGACCAUAAGGAGCAUGGCGAAGAGGAGUUCAACUUUUUCUUUGAAUCAGAUAGUGGAACCUUUGAUCCGCUUGGGUUUGGAUUUUCGGGGAAUGAUGAGGCUAGGUGUAUAUUUGAAGAAAUUAUAAAUUUGAUGUAUCCACUUGGAGACAUGCAAGUGACAAGCUCAUCUAGUGCUGGACCAGAUCUAUCGGAUUGGAGUUCGGCUGGAUAUCCUGGUGCAGGACUGCUCAACGCGAAUGACAAGUAUUUCUGGUUCCACCAUUCUGCAGGGGACAGCAUGCUGGUAGAAGACCCGGUAGCUUUAGACAGAUGUGCAGCUCUUUGGGCAGCUACAGCGUACGUAAUAGCCGAUUUGAGUGUUGCUAUGCCGAAAACGGUUUUGAAGAAUUGAUCAGAUAUCUCAAAUAAACGAAAAUUUCGCUAAACGAUAAACACAAA